AUUCUUACUCGACUAAUUGUGUAUUUGUAGAGAUAUUGUGGCUGAAUAUGCAAAACAAGUAAAAGCAUUGGGUAUCACAAUCUUUGAGCUACUGUCAGAGGCUCUUGGACUUAAUCCUUCUUACCUUAAAGAAAUGGACUGCGCUGAAGCACUCCAUGUUAUGGGUCAAUACUAUCCACAAUGCCCUGAACCUGAAUUAACUCUGGGUAUUUCAAAGCACACUGAUUGUACCUUCAUAACAAUACUUUUGCAAGAUCAGAUAGGUGGUCUUCAAAUUCUUCAUGAUCAUCAUUGGGUUAAUGUUCCUCCAGUGCAAGGAGCUCUAGUUGUAAACAUUGGAGAUAUUCUACAGCUUAUGACAAAUGACAAGUUCACCAGUGUUUAUCACCGGGUCUCGUUGAGGAAUAUAGGCCCUAGAAUUUCUGUAGUAACCUUCUUCUUGAAUUUUACCAUGUCCGAAUGCACAUCAAAGAAUUAUGGUCCAAUAAAGGAGUUGUUAUCAGAAGAAAAUCCUCCAGUCUACAGGGACAACAUUACUAUGAAAGAAAUCUUGACACAUUAUUAUGCAAAAGGUCUUGAUGGGAACUCUUACUUGCUGUCUCUAAGGUUGUGAAGCAAUCAUAAAAGGUAUUAGAUUGGUGCUUUCUUUAUUCUCAUGGAGUUGGUUUUAGUCUCAUCAAUGUAUCAUAGUUAACCGGUGGCCAGUGCCUUCAUCUGUGAUUUUCAAUGUCUAGAGAAAUUUAAAUAAACAGUACAAGUUGUAGAGGCAAAAUGUUUAGACAUAUUUAGUUCAUUUUACUAUGGAAGAGAAUAACUUGUUUUCUGUAUUA